AUGUUUCGGCGCGGUUUAUCAGACGCAGAAAUUGCGGAUUUGAUCAAUCAUAGCGACACUCUGGAUAAUGUAGAGAGUGAUUCAGACGAUUCUGAAUGCAAUGGUGUGUUUGAAGAAGACGAGAUUGAUGACAGUUUGUCUUCAGAUGAAGACGAGAAUGAUGUUGAAGGUGUUGCUUCAAAUCCAGCAGCUGUGCCGUAUCCGAAAGACAGUGAGUGGACUGCAGUUGACACCUACCGACCUCUGCCUGUCAACACGACACCCAGGCAGAUACUAGUGGAUAUUGAUGAGUCGAGUUCUGUACUGGAUUGCAGUAAAGUGUUCCUUACUGACAGUGACGUAAAUGAACUCAAGAGACAGACAAAUUUGUAUGCAUCACAGACAAUACAGAAGAAAAGAAGAGGAAAUAAUCUGAAGCCCCAUUCAGUUUUGAGUUCGUGGAAGCCAGUGACUAUAAGUGAGAUGAGGCGUUUCUUGGGUAUUAUUUUCCACAUGUGUGUUUCGAAAAAGCCAAAAAUUGCGGACCAUUGGAGCACUAAUCCUGUUCUUAGUUGUAACUUUUGUCCCCAUGUCAUGAGCCGUUUGCGUUUCACUCAGAUACUGUCAUGCUUGCAUCUUGUUGACAAUUCAAAUCAGAAAAAACCAGGCGAAGAUGGAUUUCAUCCACUUUACAAAGUUUUGCCAUAUUAUAAUAAUUUGAAGGAGCGAUGUAUCCAGGCAUAUCGUCCCUCAGAAAAAGUGACAAUUGAUGAAGGAAUUUGCCCAUUUCGAGGUCGUGUGAGUUUCCGUGUUUACAUGCAAAAUAAGCCUCAUAAGUAUGGACUGAAAGUAUAUGCUGUUGCUGAAGCCAGUAGUGGCUAUGUUGUAAAUUUUGAAGUUUAUGCUGGUAAGCAUAUUGUUGACAAUUCUUCGUCUGCGGUUAUUUUGCGAUUGUUGUCUGACAGCAGCUUGCUGAACAAAGGCCACACUGUGUAUUUAGAUCGAUUUUAUUCCAGUCCAGAGCUAUUUCAGCAACUGGCAGAGAAAGGCACUGGAGCUGUUGGUACUGUGAACAAAUCCAGGAAAGGAUUGCCUAAAGAUUUAGUAUCUGCUAAGCUGAAAAAGGGCGAAAUGUCUUUUCGGCGUAAAGAUAAUGUAUUGGCAAUGAAGUGGAAAGAUAAGAGAGAUGUGUAUACAUUGUCUACAAGGCAUCAAGCAACAUUUGGUACGCAUACUAAGAGAAAUGGGUCUGUAGUAUUGAAACCACUUCAGGUACUUGAUUACAACCUCAAUAAAAUUGGAGUGGAUAUUGGAGACCAACGCCUGCAGUACAAUCCGUUCCAGCACAGAACUGUGAAAUGGUGGCGAAAAUUAUAUUUCCAUUUGCUGCUUAUGGGAGUAUCAAAUGCAUUUUGGCUGUACAAUGCAGUGCACAGGAAGAAAAUUACAAUAACAGACUUUAUAACAGUGCUUGCAGUUCAGCUUGUUGAAGACGACACACUUGAAUUCAUUCCAAGAAAUGAAGGAACUGUGGGAAAGGCAGGGCGGCGAGCGGGGAACGGCCUCCAGCGCCGGCCCGCGCACCUGGCCAAAACACCGGCUCACCUGUCGCGUAUCGACGCGACAAUCGACCCGAAUUCGACGGCGGGGCAGAGCGCGCUCUCGCAGCCCGGCCAUAAUGAGCCCCUGCUGUCGCGCAUUGUCUGGUCUGUGCUGGCCGUUCUUUUGCGGCAACUCGUCGGCGUCCGGAGCUCGGGCCGGUACAAGGCCACGCCCUGCCCUGCCGUACCGUUCCUUCGCGAGCAACGAAUCCGGUCCACCUGUACGGCGCUCCUUCUUGCUCUGACCUGGCAGCCACGGCUGAAGGUGGCGAAGACAUAUGGGUAA